GAAAAUGUAUUAACAGAAAAUAAAAUGUAAAGAAAAUAUAGAACAAAACACAAAACGAAAUCUAAAAAGCGAGUUGCGAAUUCAAAUGAAUUUACACGCACCGGAAUCUUUCGAGAAUGAUUUAAAAUAUUUUCGUAAUAAGAUUGCCAGAUUACAAAAUAUAGAAACAGAAACGCAUAUUAAAUUAGAAACGUAAAUAGAGGGAUUAUUUAAGACACGUUCUUACUGCAGUGUUAAAGCGCGUUUGAUUUGUUAGUUACCAAGGUCUCCCCGAAAAUGGAUGUGUGCAAGGUAAUAAUAUUAUACUGGAUAAUUUAAAGUUUAUAAUUAAUCAGGUUUAGUAUUUAAUUAUACAAUUUGAAUGGUUUUAGAAAAUUUAUAUUUAUUUUUUGAAAAAAGAGAGAGAGAAACAUGAUUUGCCAGUUUUGCACUUGCACAGACUUUUAACCAUGAGCUUGCAUAUGAUAAAAAUAUAAAUUAACAAAGAAGCUUUUAGUAAUUUUAUUAAUAUUAACAAACAAUUAACUCAAUUUUAUAUAGAACUUAAUUACUUUAAGUUAUUUAUCCAUUAUUUUUUUUAAUCAAAUUUUGAAAGAGUUUGUCUAUUUGUUUUUGGAUGAAUGAACAUUCCUAUAUAUUCUUUUAAUUCUAUAAAAAUAAAAUGUUUUAAAAAUAUUUAAGAAUUGUAUUUAAAAAAAUGAAUUAUUUUUAAAAAAUUACGAAGAUAUUUUAAUUCAUUUUUAAAAGAUACCUGUAUGUGUAAGUUCAUUUGAAUUCGCUACUAGCUUCUUAGUUUCCGUUUCGAUUCUUAAAUUGUCUUAUAAAUUGUAUCUUGUAAUUGUAUCUUGUCUUAUAAAUUGUAAAUUGUCUUGUAAAUAAUAUCUGCUAUUUUUUAACUGAAGUUCUAGUAUUCUUAUGUACCCCGUCUUACCCCAUGAAAUUCUAGUAUUCAUAUGUACCCCGUCUUACCUUAUAAAAUUCUAAUAUUCAUAAGUACCCCGUACCACUAGUUGUGUAGGACAUGGAAAUGUAACUUUUUUUAAGAAAAAAAUUCAUUUAUAAAAAAAUAUUAUCGAAUAUUUUAUUAAUGAAUGAUAUUAUAUAUCGAAUGCAACUAAACAGUGAAUAUCUUAAUUAAAUCUGAAAGUUUCUAGAUCAAACAGUUUUGCAGCAACAGGUCUUCGAAUCGUAUUGACCCUUUCUUACCCCACAUUACCCUAAUCUAUGAGUCUUUAAAAAAAUCUGUGAUUCUGUUAAAUAUAUUCCCUAUAAUCGAAUAUAAAAUGAAGAUAAAAAGGCUUAUAAUGAUGCUGAUAAAAUAAUAUGUUUAUUCAAAAAAUGUCCUCGUGUUUGUAUUUCAAGGGUAAAUUCAAAACUAUAAUAAAAUAAAUACCACUCUGUACAUAAAAUUACUUAAGAACAAAUAAUAAGCAAACUUGUUUUCGUUUUAUUACUAUUUUUCAGAGAAAAUGUGCUCCAUUAUUAGGAUUUUAUCUCGAAAAUAUUUUUCAAGUUAUGAAAAUGUUUUAAAACCUGUUGCAGUUAUGUUUAUUUGAAGUGUAGACAUAGUUCACUAAUAUUCCUUGCAAUCGAAUUUGAAGUGUAAAGAAAGUAAAUAAACUUUUACUUAUAAACCUGUUGAAAAAAUUGUUUAUUUAUCGCCUGCCCUUAUUUACGUAUUUCAAACAUUAACUCAAAAAAGCAAUAAAAUAAAUACCAGUUUGUACACAAAAUUACAUAAGAACAAAUAACACGAAAACCUUUUUUUUUUCUUUCAGAGAACACGUGUUCCAUUAUCGAAUUGUAUCGAAUUAACUGGCUGAAUGUUUGUUACCCAUUAUAUAUUUUUAGGGUCGAUGAUUUAAAAAGGUCAUAUUUCUAUAAAAUUAUCUAUUUCGAAAUAAAUUAUCGUAAAUAGUAUAGGCCACAUUGGAAACUUGUUUUUGUAUCUUUUCGUUUCGUUGGCAUCAACAAACGGGGAAAGAUAUAAUAAAUACCUUGUUUAUGAAAAGAAGUAGAGUAGUAAUUCUCGUGAUGGGUAAAGUUAAUUAACUAGUUACUAAAAAAAAAAUUAAUCGAACGAAUUUAAAUUACUGGUGUAUUUUGUUCCGAUGUUAGAUUUCAGUGGGGUAAUUUACGAACAAGUUUUUAAGAUAAUUAUGCUCUAAAAUAAUGCUGAUAUAUUUUAGAAGAAAAUCGUUUGCGUUCCAUUUUAGUACUCAAAAGUGAGAACUUGAAAGCCUCGAACUACUUACUUUUGUAAAAUGGUUAUGUGACAAAUGUAAUUGGCAUUAUUUGUUUGAAAGUUAUAGAUUUUAUGGAUUAAAUAGCUAUAGCAUUUUAGAAAUUGGCUAUGGAACGUCUAAACAAUGAUAAAAUAUUUCCAUGAACUUUGAAAUAGGUAAUUGAAUAGAUGGAAUAACAUUAAUUUGCUCUUGAUCGAAUCGUGCAAAAAAUAAAUACAUUCAUAAUUGAAAUUAUAAGAAUUUAUUAUUCAAGGAAAAAAAUAUGCAUUAUCAUUAACUGAUCAAAGCAUUGGGAUUUUAUGCGACAACGUUAUCUACAGUUUUACAAUUUAUUUUAAAGUGUGAAGAGUUUUAAUGGAACUUCGUCGAAGUUUAGUUUCUAAAUUCCUCAAAUUUCCUCGAAAUAUUUGCUUUAAAAGGCAAUCGCAUCAUGUGAACAUUAUUUUUCGGUAACAUUAUUUUUCGUUUUUCUAAUUUUAAAGUUUAGAGUUUUUUUCUAAAAACAAAUAAGAAAGAAAAGUGCAACAUGGAAACCUAUUGAUGAAUCUAAAGAAUAUCAAUUACUAAGAAAUUCAAUUGCAGAACAGCUGUUUUGUAUGAACUUUAAACAUUGAAAUGAAAUUAAAUUGAUGAAUGUAGAAACUUUUGUCAUAAAAUCUAAUAUUUUCCAAUUAUUCAAAUUAUAAUUUCGAAAUGGAACUGAAUUGGAUGAACUCUGAAACUUAAACAAAACCUAACCCGAUUGAAAUAAGAAUUAUUCUGAAAUGAAAAUUAAUUUUUAGACAUAAUAUCUAUAAAAUAUUUCAUAAUUGUUUUUUAAACAGCAAAUAAGCUAAGUUUUUAUCCAAUAAAGAGAAGGAAUUAUAUUUCUAAGUGAAAUGAAAAAUAAAUACAAAAAACUUACGUUUUGGAGAUCAAAGGUUAGACUGCUUUUGAGAAUACUGUUAAUUGUAGGAUUUUUAAUUCAGAGUGAAAAAUUUCUUGAAAUGUACUUAGAGUAUCCUUCAUUUGUUGAAUUGAAUGUAGAGCAACCCCAAGAUGUUAUGUUUCCCGCCUUCACCAUCUGCAAUCUAAACGAAAUUCGUAUUGGUCCUUACUGUGAAAAAUUUCCCCACAAAUGUUCAAAUAUACGAAGGCAUCCCAAGCUUUGUACUUUAUACCCUGAAUAUUGUCGUUUAGUUGGAAAUAAGUCAAAAUUGCUUCCAAUGCAUCCUGUUUCUGAUUACAAUUUGACGAGAACCGAACGACAAGAAUUUGGGCACCAGUUCCAAAACUUAUUAGUUGGUUGCACUAUCGAAACUGAUGGAAAAGAAGAAGAGUGCAAAAGCGAACACAUUCCAAUACAAGCCUUAAGUCAUUCCCAUAUUACACCUUUUAAUUGUUUUGUGAUGUAUUCAUUGUAUGGUCAACCUAAUGCAACACCCCGUUACAUUCCUGUGUCUACAGUGAUUCGUAUUAUUUUGAACAUUGAGGUAGAUGAAUAUCAUCCUGAACAUCUAUCGAGGGGAGCACAGAUUAGUAUUCAUUCACCUUACCAUGUACCAUCGCCCAUGAGUGAUGGUCGAAUUUUGAACUUAGGUGGUAUCUAUCGAUUCUAUUUAUCUAUGACCAGCCUUGAAAUGUUGCCCCCACCUUACAAAAGUAUGUGUCGAGAUUACAUGGGAGAAUGGACGCGAAAUGGAGGAAAAGGUCCCAUCACCCAAAAGAUGUGCAAAGAAAAAUGCAAACUGGAUCACUCUUUGAAUGACUAUGGAUGUGCCGAUGCUCGUAUUGAUUAUCCACACAAUGAAACCAUUUGCGAAAAAGUUAUUGCAAACUUUCACGUGAAGACCAUGCCUAUUUGUGCAAAAAAAUGCUCAAUGCCUUGCAAAUUUAACAAGUUUCAAUUUCAAGUACAAGAUUCUAACAGUGAGGGAUUUCGAAACUCUUGCAUUGUCCCCAAAGAUUUAACGUGUUACACUCUUGUUCAGAUAUUUUUAGAAAAUAUGGAAAUAACCACCUUCAAGUACACACCACGCUUUAAUCCAGUUGGAAUAUUAAGCUGGAUCGGGGGAUACGUUGGACUCUGGCUUGGCAUAUCGCUGCUGCAAGUCUAUGAUUUUUUAGAAAAAGGAAUAUUCAUUUGUAUCGCUUUUCUUCGAAAGAAGAAGAACAUCGUUGAAACGAAGUUGCCUUAUGAUUCUCAACAGAUUCUCGUGAACAUCUAGAGGAAUCAAGCACAACCAUUUCGUGUCUACUGACAGUUGAAUCUUAUUGGAAUAAAAAGUGCAAUUACUUCUUUUGUAACCAAUUAUCUGAUUCCAUUUUGUGAAUAGUUCAAUAAAGGUUAUUGGUUUUCUA